GUGUACCAGGUUGUGGUGAUCCGCUCAGGUAGUUACGACUUUGAGCGAGUAGCUAUCGAGCGACGCUACUCAGACUUCCUCCACCUUCAUCAGGAGCUCCUGCUGGACUUCAGCGAGGAAAUGGAGGACAUUGUGAUGCCCAGGAAGAAAAUGACGGGUAACUUCUCAGAGGAGAACAUCGCAGAGCGGCGCGUGGCCCUCAGGGACUAUCUUACUCAGCUCUACUCCCUCCGUUGUGUCCGAAAAUCACAAGCGUUUCUAGCGUUCUUCACUCAUAAGGAAUUAAAACCUUCAUAUGACCUCCUGCGUGGGGGCCGCUUUUCCCGGGCCCUUGAGGGCCUCCAGAAAGUGUUGGUACUUCAGGAAAAACUAUCUUCUCACAACCCUACUAUGGUGGUACCAACCUUGUGUGCCAUACUGGUGUGCCAAAGGGAUCUAGAAGACUCUGACGCAGCAUUUCAAACUGGCAGAAGAGCUCUGCCCACGGUGAGACGAUACGAGCUCCGGCAGUAUCAAGGGCCCCUGCUGGAGGCUCUUGUUGAUUUGGGCUACAGUCUUGGGCUGCCUGUGGCCCAGUUACAGGAUGAGCUGACCAGAGUGCAAGACUCUCCAAACGGGCAGGUGUCAGAGAUGUCCCUUAAAGAACUGGUGGUGCAAGAGUUUGUAUAAUCAGCAACAACUGCAAUGUAGU